CAAGUGGCUCAAGCUUGCGCAAGCAAUAUACUUUACUGAACAAGACGACACCGAGGGUAUCUCUGGAUCAGUAAACACUCAGAAACGCUCCUCAAAAUUCUCACGAUGGAUUCAAGUAGAUGCAGCAGUCAGGAGCCAUGGCUGUGUUGCAGCUUCGUAGUGAGCUGCAUAUCAUUUGCCGUUAUCACACAGCCUCCCAAUUGGACUUGAUCAUGCCUGGGCAAAACAUACCCCGUGCAGUAAAAAGCCAUUUGAUGUUCUUCACAUUCCGUCAACAGUACGAACCUAUUGUAGUCCCGCCUCUGGUUUGAAAGCGAACAUGUCUAUCUCGCGCUGGCAUGAGACCUAUUGUUCGGAACCCGAUGUGAAAGUUGUAGGUGGCUUACCGUGCUGCACCUACUGCUUCGCGGUUGCCUCGAUCGACGAUUUGGCACUGGAGCAGAGUGUGGAGAAACCUCAAUCACUCGUCACAUCUGAGCACCUGCCGUGGAAGCUCGCAUGGCCUGCCUGUGUUGAGUACCUUCAAUCUCCAUUGCCGGAAAACGCCACCAGUGAAAAUAGCACAGAACAUUUGCGUUCAGGAGAGUUGGCCGAGACUGCCGUUCAGAGUCAGCUUGGGGGUGUCAGACAACUCUUGCCACCCACCACGGCUGCAUGUGGAAGACAAGCCGUCUUGGGAUAUGUGAGGCUUCAGCACUCCGACCAAAUUCGCUUGCUUCGGCUAUCAGCUGCACGUCAGGGAGAUCCUAUUCAUGCGGAUUUCACGGAUUCCAGGUUGAACCAUGACGAACCAGCCUUUGAUGCGCUUUCUUACACCUGGGCUGACGAAUCUGGCGAUUCGAUAAAACGCAGACCUAUUUUUAUCGGCAGGUACUGGGACGUAUACCCGGCAACAAGAAACUGCGAGAAAGCUUUGCAAAGUAUACGACAAGCCCACGGGCCCAGAAAUGUUUGGCUCGACGCAAUAUGUAUCAAUCAGGAUGACGAUGAUGAACGCUCUAUGCAGGUGGGAUUAAUGUCGCGUAUUUACGCCAGUGCCAACCAAGUACUCGUCUAUCUGGGAGACUUGUCGACUGACGGCGAUGUAGCACUCGACCUGCUGGCCCGCAAAGACCUGAUGCACAUCUUUUCUUGGACUCCAGCAUCCGUAACUUCAUCCGACCACAUCAAGCUCUGCCAAUGUGACGCCUGUGCCCAGGAAAGAGACGCUCUGAAAACAUUCUUCAAUCGUCCAUAUUUUCGCAGGCUCUGGGUGGUUCAAGAGCUCGUGCUCGCGAAGAUUGCCUGGAUAUACUGUGGAUUCCGAUCUAUUCCUUGGCCCGUGAGUGGACUAAAAGAUACAGACGAGGUAAGGGAAGGUCCCCGUUGGAUUCAGUAUAGGGAUACGCGAGCGAAAUUUACAAACCAGCACUUGCUUUCACUACUCGUUGAUACCAGCACUUGUUGUUGCUCGGAUCCCCGAGAUAAAGUUUUCGCCAUCCUCGGCUUGAUUCAUUCCUGGGACCAAGAACCCGUAAUGCCAGACUAUAGUCGGAACGUCAAAGAAGUAUACAUCGGAAUUGCAGCCUAUCUCAUCCAAAUAUGUGGAGCAGGGAGAGAUGUCUUCAGCUACGCCAAUGGCCAACAGGCAAAUCUUCAUCUUCCAUCUUGGGUGCCUGACUGGAGCAAGUCUGGUCAGCGAUCCGGUUUCGAUUUACACUGGUGGGAGGCCGAAGACUUACCCGGCCAGGGGCCUUCUAUCCCUACCAAAGGGUAUCCUAUCAGAUUCAAGGAUAUCAGAACGGUUAAACCGUAUAUAGAAUCCCGCAGCGCCGCGUUGAGGGUCAAGGUCAUGAUAUUAGGCAACAUGAGUACCCACUUCAAAUGGAAUGGGGACAAGAAAUAUUGGGUGACGAGUAUUUCGCCAAUAACAAGCAGACCGAACAUUUAUUUGACUUGUCCUGCGAAGGCCUUGACCAAUCAAGACCAUCUGGUUUGGCUUUACGGAAUCAACACUUUUGCAGUCCUCCGCUCAAACGAUUCGCGAACCGAGUACACGUUGAUGUGUGUAGCUGAGCUCUGCACAAUCCGCAGCGUUUCAAGCGACCAUUGGGAUCCCAUGAUCAUAGAUGAGUUUUCUUCGACGGAUCAAGAGGUUUUACAGACUUUGGACAAGGAACUCAUCUCUGCUAUUUGGUCUGAACUGCAAACACAACCUGCAUUGUCUUUCACAACCUCAUUCUCUGAUUCAUUGAGAAGGAUCGUAGAUGCGGGUUACUGCAUGGAUCGCGGAACCCUGGGCAAGGAAAGCGUACUGCUUGAACAAUGGCUCAGAAUGCGCGAUGAACUCGCUCAGAUCCUGAACAGUGAGUCGGACCUCAAAGGGCUCAUGAGGUUGGUCCGAAACGUGAGGGAAGAGAGUUUUGACAAUCCUGAGGAUCCGUCUUAUGCGUACAAUGGCGAAAAGCUGGGCACGUUAAGCGGCGUAAAUCGCUUGCUCUGGUCUCUACUAUUGCAGCAUACAGAGCAAACGGUGGUCGAGAGAGUCUGCCAACCAAAGACCGACAGUUUCGAGAAGAUUAAGAACCUGAAAAUAUGGGCGGAUAUGACAGAGCUGUUCAUCAACACUCUUGCUCAGUCAUCCCAGAUUGUGGGUGACAGUUGGAGGGGCCUGUUUCCAGGCGCAACGCUUCAUAAAGAUUGGCAAGUCAAAUACAAUAAUUUUCGUUCAUUCCUUGCCUCCAAAUUCGGCCUUGCAGUCAAAGAGGCUCUCCCCAUACGAGUAUUGACACUCUCGAUUUUGGAACUUCACCUCGAGCUUCAAUCAGACAAAUCACAAACUCGAGAGGAAAUAUUGCUGAAAAUGGCAAGCAAUGCGGACAAUUUUAUCUGGGACUGGUCAGCAUUGCAAGCAGCGACAAACGCAAGACAGAACUUAUGGUUUUAUCUUCAGGAGCACCGUAACAUGCGUCGCUGGGUCUUCGGGGAUUCCGUUGACGACCUCAAAGAGGAUUUCGAAGGGCUAUUAGAAGACGAAUAUGGUGCCGAAGUUUCCGUUACUCGACGACGCUCCCACCUUGACGAACAAAUUAUUGCACGCUUGGAUAUGCGCAGUUUUAAUCUCAACGUCGAUAACGAUGAGAUAAUUUCGAUCAUAUAAGAAACAUAUUCCACGUUCUACGUACGAUGCCGUAUCUCUAUUAAAUUUAAUUGCCGUUCUCGGACUCAUUGAUACUAGGUUAGUGUAAUGAAUGUCUCCACAAGCAUUUAUGAAACAAAAUAAGCAUCAAGGUGUGUUACACAGUUUGGAUUGUUGCGCCUCUUCGAUUAGUAUUCAAACGGCUUCUAAACAUGGUUGAAAUAGAAACGUCCAUGGGAUGCCUACAAACGCCUGUGAUUCUAGACCACCUUAUGUGGAGCCUUAAGACUAUAUGUCGUUCAAGCACUAGGUUAGGAAGUAACACAAGACAAGAAAUCAUAAUAUAAGCCACUACGCAUUUUGGGUAUUGUGUGGCCCGUGCGGCACUAAGCGUG